AUGGAAGAAAAGUUAAAUGAAAUGGAACAAGCUGGUAUCAUCACAAGGACAUCAACGCCUUACAGUAGUCCAUUGACAUUCCCUCUUAAAAAAGACGGCUCAAUUAGAGUACUGCUUGAUGCCAGAAGCAUAAAUAAGAAAAUGGUUGCAGAAACAGAGAAACCACCUAUACAAUUAGAUGUUUUGAAUUCAUUUCACGGAGCGAAUUAUAUCACUACCAUUGACUUAAAUAAUGCAUAUUUUCAAAUUCCGAUAAAUAAAGAUGGUAGAAAAUAUACUGGAUUCACAUUCAAUGGAAAGUCAUAUGUAUAUAAUGUUUUGCCGCAAGGAUUAAAAACAUCAGUAGGAAGCUUUAGCAGAGCCAUGAAUUUAAUAUUAGGACCAGAAGUCCAAGAAUUUUGUGUGAACUAUUUAGAUUAUCUAGCCAUUAUUACAACAGGAACGUUAGAUAAACAUUUGGAGCACAUUGAUAUUGUUUUAAGUAAAUUGAACAAAGCUGGCUUAACGUGUAACUUGCAGAAAUGUGAAUUUAUUUGUAAAGAAAUUAAAAUGCUGGGUUUUAUAAUUUCAACAGAAGGCAUAAAGACAGAUCCCGAUAAGAUUCGAGCGAUCCAAGAGUUUCCAGCACCUAAAAAUAUUAAACAAUUAAGGGCCUUUUUAGGUCUAUGCAAUUUUUAUAGAAGGUUUAUACCAAAUUACAGCGAGAGCAUAAUACCGCUCUGUGAAUUACUUAAAAAGGGACGAAAGUUCAAAUGGAGCGGUAAAGAACAGAAGGCAUUUGAUUUUAUAAAACAACAAUUUAUUAAUACAAUACAAUUGCAUCAUCCAGACUUUAAUAAGCCGUAUUAUUUACAAACAGAUUGUUCCGGUGUGGGUAUGGCCGGAGUACUAUAUCAGAUAGAUGAUAAUAAUGAAAUGAGAAUUUUGGGCUAUCAUAGUAAAGCCUUAAAAGGCCCCUAA